CCAUUGCCAAUCAACAUUUGAGAACGGAGUGGACGUGGGAGGUAGAUCAGGCUGUGUGGGAGAAUUCUAGGCGAUCAUAGUGGCUGAUGAAGUGGAACAGGUUAUUUGUGAUGGCAACACGGUGAUGGUAAAUAAAUUGUGUUCUGGCAGUUGAAAUUGUGCGAGUGAUAAUAGCAGCACUGCUGUCAGUGAUGUAUUGAAUAAAGGAUGUGAUUGUUAUUGAAGCCAGAAAAAAUAUUUAGGUGUACCUUUAUCAGCUAUCAUGAGAAUGCUCUUCUCUGAUGCUGAUAACACACUUCGCAUUCUGCCAGUGUUCUCGCUUUGGAGAUAAAAUAGUGGCAAUGACAACUGCGUGGGAAUUGGCCUUUGACAUCUCGACUCGUUUUUGCACGCUUCAGAACAAUGGUGGAAUUUAAAUUAUUAUAACGUGAUAUGAGUUGGAUUCGAAACAGCCCCUUGCGGGGCAGUUUUGGGAAUCGACGACGGCCGUCCAGUAAUUCACCUCCCAAGGAUUGCGAUCCUACCGCAUGUUUCAAUAGCUUCAGGGAGCACUGGUUGCAGACCAGUGCCAUUAUUGACAGAACUCAGCCUCCAGAGAGUUUCCCCAUUCAAGAUGAUGUGCUAGCUGUGGUGAAUCACUUGGAUCAGAUGGUGACUCUGCUUCUCUUAGAGUUACGAUCCACUGCUACAUCCAGUCCUGAGUUUCAGUCACAGCACCAAUGUUUGGAUUUCCUGCUGUGUGAAAACCUCCUGGAACGCCUUUUUGAUUGGAGUGUGCACACUGGACGUUAUUGCAAUCUUCUACGCAUGGAACAGCUUAAACUAUACGAGUUACUUGCUUGUCAGGCUCGUCAGCAGCUGCUGUUGCAUCAACCAUUCUUGCGUCCACUGCUGCGACUUCUGGCUUCAUGCCUGGGGGAGGUGUUCUCUACUGAUGUGGAGGACCGGCUGGUUGUGCUGCUCAACCAGCUAUGCGUGUGCCUCAUGCACAACACAGAGCUGCUGCAGCUGUUCUUCCAUGCUGAUGCCCCAGACCAAGGCCCUGCCAGAUUCAUCAUUUUUUCCCUCUUGAUCCCUUUCGUGCACCGUGAAGGUGCUGUGGGGCAGCAGGCUCGGGAUGCUCUUCUCUUGUGCAUGACUCUUUCGAAGCAACAUGAAGGUGUGGGGCGAUACAUUGCCCAGGAAUCCAACGUAUGCCUUGUUCUAGCUACAGGAUUAAGUGGACUUUAUUCUCGGCUUCCAAGGAAACUUCCUGUGCAGACAGAUGAUUGGCAUCGAUUAACUCCCGAUGAUGUUAAAGAUAUUGAAGAACUUGCAACCUUUAUGAAUUCAUUGGAAUUUUGCAAUGCAGUGGCUCAAGUUGCACAUCCAGAAGUUCGCCACCAGUUGUUAGAUUUCCUUACACAGGGCUUUCUAGUACCAGUAUUGGGACCAGCACUUCUGCAGGACUCCCUGGGCCUGUCGCUCGAGCGCUUAGACUCUCCGGCAGAAGCGAGCACGAGCGAGGAGCUGGUGGCGGCGACGGCCUACCUGGAGCUGUGCGUGCGCUCCGUGACGGAGCCCGGCUUGCUGCGCGUCUUCGUGCGCUUCCUGCUGCGCGACUGCUACGACGACACGCGCAUCCUGCACCAGCUCGUGCUGCGCAUCCACUCGCGCACCAGGCUGGGCCUGGUGUCGCUGGCGCUGUUCGACUCGCUGGUGGCGCUGUGCUGCGAGGACGUGAUGCUGGAGCUGGUGUUCCGCCACCUGGUGCCGUGCACGCACGUGAUGCUGUCGCAGCGGCGGCGCGUGCGCGACGUGGACGCGUACGGCCGCUCGGCCGACAAGUUCCUGUCGCUGGCGCCGGCCUGCUGCCUGCUGCAGGCCUCGGUCUCCGCGCCCGCCACCUCGCCCUCGCCCGCGCCCGCGUCCGUGCCGCCCACGCUCAACCACAACCACCACCACCGGCGCUCCGUGUCCGACCACCAGCUGAGCUCGCUGCCCGGCUGCCUGUACGGGCUGCGGGUGACGGAGUCUCUGUACGGCAACUACCACGCCUACCUGUGCGACGCGCGCCACCGCGUGGCGACGGCCGCCGCCGCCUGCCGCCGCUGGGCCUACCGCUACGACGGCGAGGACCCUCCGCACGACGCCGUCCCGUCCCCGUCGCUGGGCGGCGGCAGCGCGUUCGCCUCCGUCGAGCUGGCUCCGACGCCGCUCGCCCCCACAUCCGGGCUCGUUACCUUCGUGCCCAUCGCCCCCGUCCCGCCCACCACCACCAUCGCCGCCACGGAGCCCUCCAAGAGGACGACCCGCGAAAGCACGUACCUGAACAUGUUCAACAUCAACCCGGAUAUCGGUCCAUUUUUGGAUGCUCUGUUGCGCCGCUUGGAAUUGUUUCACAGUAAUGGGCUGGCAGUAAAUUUGCAACUGACAGGACUGAUUAGCAGGUUGGCCUGCUUUCCGCAACCACUUUUACACUCCUUUCUACUGAACCAGUCACUUGUCUUCCAACCCAGUAUUCGCUCCCUUUUUCAAGUUUUGGGCACCUUGAAGCACAAAACAGAUGCAUUCCUUGCUCGCCAUGAUGGUGUGGAUGAGCUUGUGCUGCAAGCACAGGACUUUUUGGUGAGUCGUGAGGAGCGUCUGACAAAUGCACGUCGCCAUGCACAAGAUGCAUCUUCCUCUGCUUCCAGCCGCCGUUCUACUCUUACAAAUGAUCCCUUUUCAAGAGAGGCCAAACAUAAACCAGAUUGA